AUGGAGGAUACCUACUGCGUGACCUGGACUUCAGGCAACCGCAGGGCGGGGCGCGUGCACGGUGAGGGGCAUCCCAGCUCCUUCUUCAGCGCCAGCAAGUCAAGCCGGGGCCAGAACACCAGCCGCCGGCCCCGCACCCGGCCACCUCCCGGCGCCCGGCCACAGGAGCAGGUGGCCGAGUUCAAGGAGGCCCUCUCCCCGUUCGAUGAGGACGGAGACGGCGCCAUCAGCACGCGGGAGCUGGGCACCGUCCUGCGGUCGCCGGGCCAGAAACCCACUGAGGCCGAGCUCCGGGACCUGGUGGGCGAGCUGGACCGCGACGGCAGCAGCACCGUGGGCUUCCCCGAGCUCCUGGGCCUAAUGGCCCGUAAGGUGAAGGGCAGGGGCCAACACCAGAUCCGGGAGGCCUUCUGCGUCUUCGACAAGGACGGCAACGGCCUGAUGGGCACGGCCGAGCUGCGACACGUGAUGACCCAGCUGGGUGAGAAGCCGAGAGACCAGGAAGUGGACGGGGACGAGCUGGUGCGCUACGAGGUGUUCGUACGCUUGCUGGUUUCCAAGGGCGGCCACAGACCCACCUCCACCCCCACCCCCAUCCCCACCCAGGGUGUCCGGGCUCCGCACAUGGCGCCGGAGGACCUGCCUCCGUUCCCCCGGCCCCUCCGGGCACUGCUCCUCCGCUGGUUGACCUGA